UAGCUGCAUAAAACGGAGUAACGUUACCAACCUAACGUCAAAUCUCAAAAUUUGAGAAGAAACUCUCGGUCAUGUUUCUAAAUUUAAACAUAAGUAUCAGAGAUGCCUGACAGAUAAAUAAUACUAAGGUCGUUUGCUGUCCACUACAGGCGCUCUAUCGCGAGUUUUCCACAUCUUUCAUCGCAAGCUAAGCUAAAGCUAAAGCUAGCGGUGCGUUAGCUGCGGGUCGCGGGCAGUAGACGUAAUUUUAAUAAACCGUCGCCUGAUCCGCGUUUUGUUUCAGCGUGAAUUUAGAUAACAAACAAGGCAGUCAUGGCCACUAGGCGUCUGACCGAUGCCUUCUUGUUAAUGCGGAACAAUGCAAUCCAAAACCGGCAGAUAUUGGCUGAGCAAGUGAGUACAUACGACCCCCGUCUGAGUACACGUAGCAAUGCUGCGGAGCUUGAUGAGUUGGCUGAUGAUCGAAUGGCCUUGGUGUCAGGAAUUAGUCUGGAUCCUGAAGCGGCCAUCGGAGUCACCAAGAAACUGCCCCCCAAAUGGAUAGAAGGGGUUGAUGAGAUUCAGUAUGAAAUCACACGGGUUCGGCAGAAGAUGAAGGAUCUGGCCUUACUUCACGACAAGCACAUGAAUCGACCCACGCUUGAUGACAGUAGUGAAGAAGAGCACGCCAUAGAAAUCACUACCCAGGAGAUAACACAGAUGUUUCAUCGAUGCCAGCGAGCUGUGACGGGUCUGCAGUCUCGUUGUGGCCACUGCACCGAGCAGGAGGAGAGGCUAUUGCGAAACGUGGUCUCGUCCCUGGCACAGAGCCUGCAGGAGCUUUCCACCAAUUUCCGACACACACAGUCUAGCUACCUGAAACGUAUGAAAAAUCGUGAGGAGAGAUCAAAGCACUUUUUUGACUCUGGACCUCUAAUGGAAGAGGAUGAAGAUUUAGCCGUAUAUGACAAGGGGUUCACAGAUGACCAGCUGAUGCUGGUGGAACAGAACACAGUUAUGGUGGAGGAACGAGAAAGGGAGAUCCGACAAAUAGUGCAGUCCAUCUCAGAUCUGAAUGAGAUUUUUCGGGACUUGGCUACAAUGGUUGUGGAACAGGGCACCGUUCUUGACAGAAUUGACUUUAAUGUGGAGCAGGCUUGUGUGAAAACAGAAGAUGGACUGAAACAGUUACAAAAGGCUGAACAGUACCAGAAGAAAAACAGAAAGAUGCUGGUCAUUUUGAUCCUCUUCGUCAUAGUUAUGGUUCUAAUUAUUAUUCUUUUUGGAACAAAGUUUUAAUUAUGCAUUCCUCCGGCUUUUGUUUUCUGUGUGGGUGUUUGUUGUGCAUCUGUGUGGACUUGGACUCGGUCUUGGUUCUCCUUAAAACAAAGCUGACUGCCUUUCAAACCACCAGGAAACGUCAAGAAGAAUUCCUCGUUCCUUUGCGGGUGCAUUUUGGGCUGUCUGGAGAUGUUCUGUGGUUGAUUUUAAUGAAAGAACAAUCAAGAACCUGUUUGAGCCAUGGCUAUUUUAUCAAAUGACUUGCACCUGAAUCACCAACACUCUGUGACGGAGGUUUGUUGAACCCGACUAUGUUGACAUACAGUAUGUGUCUUAACAAAAGAGAACACUUUGUGGUGUAUAAAAAUGGACUACCAAUGUUUAAAUACUGAAGCGGAGCGUUCUCUGCUUGAAUUCAAAGCACGAAUUGUGACAUUUGUUGUGUGGCGAUGCAUCAUUUCUGUCCAGUAUCGAACAAUUUGUUUCCGUGUGAAAGAUGUGACAAGAACGAAUGUUUGUGAAAGAGAAAUAUGCAGUAGAUCUCAUUUCACUGCAAAUUCAUUUCCAUUCCAACAUGACAUUUAUGACCCGGCUCAGUAUUUACCUUAAAAAAGACCUUUCAAAGAAAAUGUUUUGUAUUAGGACAGUACCAGAUAUGAUUAGAAUAGUCAUUCAAUACCAAAAUAUAGUUUUGGUUUUAGGACCACCUGUUUUUGUCCCUUCACUCACCAAUCCUUGUCACUCCACUGUUGGCCUGAGGAGGAUGUAGACAGCCAUGAGCUUCCUCAUAUUCAUCCUGUAAUUUUUAAAAUCAAACUUGCAUCACACCUGCUGCACUUUUCAUGAAGUGCUCAUUUUAAAACAGUUGUUUAUGUUUUAAUGGUCCUUGCUUAAAGUGCUACCUUUUUUAAACUCUUGCAGUUUGCACAUACUGAGGCCUGAGGGGAAAGGCCAGUUUCUUUUGUAGGAUGAUGAAUGCAUGACCUGCCCUAUCCUCUCUUAGGUGGCUCGUACUUGUUGCCUUUAGGUUGCGGUAUGAGUGAGAUGGGUUAGGGGUAGUUAGAGCAAGCCAGUCAGAGCCUGCGCAGGGCAGGUCGUGCCUUUGCCAUCCUAGGAGAAAAAACUUGCGAGGGGGAGGGUGGUUAUGUUAUGGAUGUAAUACUACUGUCAUCUGUAUGAUGAAAAAAUAUUUAUUUUUUAAUAACUUCAAAUAAUCAAGAGUUUCAGAGGUGUUCUGUCUCAGGCAGAAAUACAGUUUAUUGAGUAAAGUGUAUCUGUAGCCUAAACCCAACAGUUAUUGUCCACUCCACUGAGAAAACUGUGAUGUAGUCUAACACAAGCAGAUGUAUGAAGACAGCAUUAUGAUUUUUUUUCCUUUUCAGAUUGGACACAUUACAUUUCAGUUGGCUGUGUUGGAAUUUCUUUACCCGUUCUUGUAUUCUGUAAAGACUGAUAAGCUGAAUGGAUGAAGAGCUUUAUUUAACAUAUCUGUAAUCGGCUCUACACUUUAUACACCUGUCAAAUCAUCUUUGUCAUUGAUGUGAAGUUAUGUGUGAAAAAUGGUUGUGUCUUAGUGGUACUCUACUUAAGUUUUGUUUUGCAAACAAAACAGGUGAGGAGACAGCAACUUUUUGUAAAAAAAAUAAACC